AUGGAAAAUAGGAAUAACGUCACAGAAUUUGUUCUUUUAGGUCUGUCUAGUGAUAGAAAUUUGCAGAUAUUCUGCUCUGGGCUGUUCCUCUCGUGUUAUUUUGCAAUCCUUUUAGGGAAUUUCAUCAUCCUCAUCACUGUCAGAAGUAGUUCCCUCAUCAAACAGCCCAUGUAUUUCUUCCUCUGCCAGUUGUCCCUCAUGGACCUCAGCUACACUUCCACAGUGACUCCCAAAUUGGUCAGAGAUUUGCUGACUGGGAAGAAAACCAUUUCUUUCGGUCACUGCAUGAUGCAACUCUUCACCAUGCACUUAUUUGGUGGGGUUGAGAUCUUGAUCCUUGUAGGGAUGGCCUACGAUCGCUAUGUUGCAAUCUGCAAACCCUUGCGCUAUGUGGUCAUCAUGAACAAGCAGCGGUGUGCCAUAGUGGUUGCAGUGUGCUGGGGAGGAGGAUUUCUCCAUUCCAUCGUCCAGUGGCUCCUUAUUAUAUUUUUGCCCUUCUGUGGUCCCAAUAAGAUUGAUCACUAUUUCUGCGAUGUUUACCCUCUCCUGGAACUAGCCUGCACAGAUACUGACCUGAUAGGAUUUUUAAUUCUGGCCGAUUCAGGGACAAUUUCAUUGUUCUCAUUUACAGUAGUAGUCUUCUCUUAUGGCACCAUUUUAGCCAGUCUGAGGAUCCGCUCUUUGGAAGGACGUCGCAAAGCCCUCUCCACCUGCGCUUCCCACAUCACUGUGGUGGCAUUGUUUUUCUUGCCCUGUGCCUUUAUUUACCUUCGGCCAGCCCAGACCUUCCCCGAGGAUAAGGUGUUUGCUCUCUUUUACACCAUCAUCUCCCCCAUGUUCAACCCCCUCAUCUAUACGCUGAGGAACAAAGAAAUGAAAACGGCCAUGAGACAAGUGUGGUGUUGGAAGCCGCAUUUGGAAAGAAAAUCAGCCAGGUGA